AUGCUAUUAGCUUCAGGUCAUUUAGUUCAAACGGUUCGACGAGUUGGCUUAAUGGAUAAUGAUUUAACACCUGAUCAUAUUUACCAAUUUAGUACAGCACUCUACUAUUUAGUUAAGCGUGAUGAACAUAUGACAGAAGCUAGACGAAUCAUCAACGAUGACAUGAUAAAAAAUACAAUCAAUUGCUUAAUGUGGUGCGGAUUUGAAGUAAAAAGUAGCAAAUCACCUUCUGUUUUAGAUUUUUUUAAACGGAUUGUUGCUCCUACUCUUCUUCACUACGAAAUCGAUCUGAAGAUUUCUUUGGCAAGUAUGAUACAAUGUUCUUCAUGUUUUCAAAUUAGUAUUCUCAAUCAACAACCAUGUGAUUACUUACUUGUUCAACAAACAACAACAGAAAAUACUCUUCCAGACGUUUUAGCUGAUUUGUUCGGUCCUGUUUCAAUAGCAAACAAUUGUCCGAAAUGUUUGAACAACAAAAAUAAUAUGAACAGUUUUUCACUUAUGAAUUGUCCUAAGUUUCUUUUUAUUCACGUUCCGACCGACGUAAAAGAUGGCAUGAAAACAUUAAAAUUGACCGAACAUACAAAUCUCACUUCAAUCAUGUCCCACGAUUUAAUAUUUACUUACUCAUCUACGCGAUACACAUUACAAUCGUUCAUUAUUCGUCCAAAAAACCAUGACUCAGAACAUUAUAUCACUUACGCACGUUACAGAAAUGAUUGGUAUAAAUUGGAAGAUAUGAAAACGACUCUAAUUAGUUACGAAAGUAUAUUCGGAGAAAAAGCUCCAACACAGUCAAUUGUAUUAGCAAACUUUAUUCCAUCAUCGUCGACGGACGUAUUCUCAAGUGCUUUAUGGAAUGUUUUUACUAAUUUCUCACAGGAACAGCCUUCGUUAACUCCUACCUUAUGUCUCAACGAUGCAGUCGAAUAUUUUACAAAGCAUGAUCCAAGUAAAGCUAAUGUUCUCAAUUUUGCAGCCGCCAAAUCUUUCACAUGCUCUGUUUGUGGUAACGGUAAUCUAUUGAUAGUCUUUUUAUUAGUAAUUUAG